UAUUAAGCUUUGGUUGUUCCAGAUUCAAUGUUUAUGCAAAACUUAAGUGUGUUUCCAUAUGAACAAAAUGUACAUUACAUACCUGGAGAGAAGGGAAAACAUGCACGAUUGCAGUCAAUUUUUCGAUAAUUUAUUAACUUUUGGCCCGCGACUUUGUCCCAGUUUUUAAUUUUGGCCCACUGUGAAUUUGAGGUUGACACCCCUGCCUUACGUCAGGUCAAAAAGACUCAGGGUGUCUUUAACGUGUGUGCCAUCUACUUAUUCUUUACAACGUAAUGGUAUAUAAGUAAAUUUAAACGUAACACUCACGAAACAAAGUGAGUAAGAACUUAAACCAUUUCAAUCGAUUUCUGGAGUACAUACACUGACAGCAGCCAUUUCAAAACACCCUGUUGUUACUGUGACAUCAUUUUAUGAGGGGAAGCCUGGGCGGUCUCACUGCUGUGGUCAUUUCCUGUUUACUAGCAACUGCACACAGAGCCUGGGGUUGAGAGGUUACUACACUUCGGCGAUAUUUGGAGACAUAAGGACGAAACACUUUGGAAAUAUGAGCAGGCCGGGAAGUAUCCUGGAGCUCCCCUGACCACAGCUGACUGAAGGGCGGUUAACAAUUGUACUCCAUAUCGACAUAAAAGCGGUGAUGUGCUGGAUGACUUCAAAGGUCAGAAAAAGAGAAUCAAAAUACUUUUGAAAAGGGAUGUGCCGAUGGUUACUAGCAGCAUAAGCUGGGACUCGAUCUAGAGUAGCGUGUUAGCCAGAUGCGCUAACUCCAGUGGCAGCCUCGCUGUUCGUUCGUCUGCCAAGGAGCUUCUGUGUGGGAAGUGCUGCAGUUAUUUGGUAUCCUGAAUUCACAAAGACCCCCCAGUCCCUCCAAGCGGACAUUCAGGAGAAAGAUUGGAGGGAGGGGAUGGCCUGGUCGGUCGUGGUCUGGUCUGUCAACAGGACAAGGCUCGGUGGUGUUUGAAGAAGGUCAGGUUCGGCUGGGUUCCACUGCUUGUCGACGCAGACUAAUGGCCUUCUCCCCUACCUCCCCAGCUGCCGGGUACUCAGGUCCCGGGCUGGCAGUCAGAAGGAGCGACGAAGUAGCGGACUUGAUAUAUUUGUUUUCCAAGACGCAGUACAGAGCGAAGGAGAUCUCUCCUGAGGUGAACGCUGUAGAGAACCGCUGUCUGGAGUUAAUUGCCAGGGAUUAUAAGUACAGUGUCAUCCAUAAUGCCAAUGGGGAAGUGUGUGGCCAUUACCCACGUCAAAUAGUUUUUCUGGAGUACGAAUCCACAGAUCCAGACAGUAACAGGUUUGAGAGUACAGUACAAGUCAGUAAGCUGCAGGACCUGGUGAAUCGAAGUAAGCUAGCUCGUUGCAGAGGGAGAUUUGUCUGUCCUGUCAUCCUCUACAAUGGCAAGCAUAUUUGCCGGUCUUCUACCCUGGCUGGUUGGGGCGAGCUCUAUGGACGCACAGGCUACAAUUACAUUUUCUCUGGAGGCAGUGAUGACGCAGCAGCGGUGUCAGAGGAGGCACCAGAGAACGACAGUGCUGUCAGAAAUGGGGACUCUCAGCUCUUUGACAAGGUCCGUGGACAUGACAUUAAGCUGCUGCACUACCUUUCUGUGCGAUACAUCUGUGACCUGAUGGUGGAGAACAAGAAGGUUAAGUUUGGCCUGAAUGUGACAUCCUCUGAAAAGGCAGACAAAGCCCAGCGCUAUGCAGACUUCACUUUGCUCUCUGUUCCUUAUCCAGGCUGCGAGUUUUUUAAGGACUACAAAGAAUGUGACUACACAGCUGAGGGUCUGGUGUUCAACUGGAAUCAGGACUAUGUGGACGCUCCAUUGACUAUCCCUGAGUGCUUUACCCAGAACUUGAACAUUGACUGGAGCCAAUACCAGUCCUGGGACCUGGUGGAACAGACCCAGAAUUACCUAAAGCUCUUACUAUACAUCAUAAACAAUGAUGAAGAAAGUGGCCUUUUGGUUCACUGCAUAUCAGGCUGGGAUCGGACUCCUCUGUUUGUGUCCCUUCUCCGGCUCUCCCUGUGGGCUGACGGUGCUGUGCACGCCAGACUGGAGCCAGCAGAAAUCCUCUAUCUGACCAUUGCAUACGACUGGUUUCUCUUUGGUCACAUGCUGCCCGAUCGACUCUCCAAAGGGGAAGAGAUUUUUUUCUUUUGCUUCAAUUUUCUGAAGCACAUCGUGUCAGAGAAGUUCUCUGCUGUGCGGAAGCAAAGAAGGAAAAAUUCACACUUAAUGGACAGGGAUUUUGCUGUGGAAGAUCUCUGCCAGUUAAACUCCAGGGACCGUGGCAGUGUGACCAGUCUGAGCAGUGAAUUUUCUCUCAUUUCCGAGGAGGCAGGAAGCAACCUCACCAAUGAAACAGUGGAUCUGUUCUUCAACCAGGCCCAGGCCUGUAGCUGGAGAAAGGGAACCACCUCCUCCCCUCAGAUGAUUGUUUGGAAUAAGAACCCUGUAGAUGACCAUCUCCAUAAUCCAGUUAAUGAGGCCAGGUCAUCCAGCUCCUCUUCAUCUAACCAAUCAGACCAUGCUGUCACAUGUACCGGAAGCAGCCCUUUAGCUGUACCAGGAAAAAGGAAAGUGGCAGAGUUCGCUCGGUCAGGUUCUUCCCUCUCAACAGAAUAUGGCAGUUGGCAGAUAGUGUCUGGCUGUGGUAGCAUCAAUGAUCAAGGUCCCGCACAACUGUCCUUCAACCUUUCCACCUCAUCUGCUGCUGCUGCUGCCUUUGAUUCCCAUCUACCCUUCAGUUUUAGGGACGACCUACCCAGUGGGCAACUGUGUCCCAACCCCACUGAGCGUCAAGUCCGUCUAGAAGCAGUACGGGAACUCUUCCUUGCAGCUUACAGCUCCACCGUGGGCCUUAAGUCAUCAGCACCUAGCCCCUCUGGUGCCAUCACUGGCUUGCUGGGGCAACUCGCCCGCGGGGUUGGCCUUCGAGGCACCAAUGCAGUCAUAUGAACCCUUUCAAUGUGACUUUAAACCCUCCUCCGCUCUUUUCCCUAUAUUGAUUUAAUGUCAAUUCUCAGUGCCAAAGUGCCAAAUAUCACUUUCUCGUUCAGGGUUGAAGCAUUAUAUGUUUUUAAUUGUAAUUUUUUUUUUCUAUGUUUUUCAUGAUUCUUUUUAAGGUUUAUCUGUCAUGUUCAGGGGGAAAUAAUACAGCCAAAGUAAAAUAAGGAUGGUUUAAGGGCUGAAAACACGAGAUUACGUACAAUCCCAUUACUGAAAUAAAAACAAGUCCUUUUUCCAAGUUCUUUUUUGAUAUCUGUACUUUAUAUAUACAUGAUACAUUGAGGAACUUGAUUAAAUGUAUGUAGCUGUA